CGCCACCGCCGUGCACGGCGGCGAGUGGGUGGGCAUCCGGCAAUCUGCGCACUAUUGUUGCACUCGUGGGUUCUCGAGCAGUGAGGGUGUCCGAGCGGUUUCGCCCGUCUCCCUUUGUUUUCCUUUCGCCGUCCACCUUGAUAUAUCAUGUGGGUUCGAGUGGAUUUGCACUUGCUUCACUUCCUGGUCUGUCUUGAACCAUGCGCCCCCAAGCAUGCCUGCCGCGAUGCCUGGUUUGGUUGCCGCGCUCUCGGGCCAGGAGUGGCUGCGGGGGCAUGUCCCGACAUUCGCCGAGCAGGGUGUUGACGAUUUGGAGACCUUGUUCCCAUUGCGGGAGCAGGGCUUGACAGACGCAGGCGUGAAUAUCGGCCACAAGACAAAGUUGCGCAACGCGACGAGCAAAAGAACGAGUGGCGGUGCGAAGUCUGUCCCAGCAGUGGCGCUGCAGGCGCGCGAACAAACUCUGGCGAAGGUGAGGAACUCGCGGAAUCUGCCCUGCCCGAUCCAUGCUCCGCGUAAGUCGUUCGCGUUGGCCCCCGCGUAAACGCAAUGGGCGCGCGCGCGCCCUGUGCGCCUUGCAUGUGCAGAGAAAAGCUAGGGCAGAGGCGUCGCCUCUCAAGGGGGCCGUCGUUGAGGCCGCGGCGGCCGGCGUCCCCGCCCCGGAGAUUGCAGCUGCGGGGGUAUUCCAUUUUUGGUAAGCAAAACCCGAGCAGGGCGACCCAGCUCUUCUUUCCCUUCUCUCCUUCGAUCCUUC